GGUUCCGAGAGAGCCGCGUCGCGCCCACCGGGACAUGGAGCCGCCCGGCGGGGGCCCGGGCCCGGGCCGCGGGGGCCGGGACAAGAAGAAGGGCCGGAGCCCCGACGAGCUGUCUGCGGCGGGCGGCGACGGCGGCAAAUCCAAGAAAUUCACUCUGAAGCGGCUCAUGGCAGAUGAGCUGGAGAGAUUUACCAGCAUGAGAAGUAAGAAGGAGAAGGAGAAGUCCAAUUCUGCUCAUAGAAAUUCUUCAUCAUAUGGAGAGGAUCCCACGGCACAGUCACUGCAAGAUAUUACGGAUGAGCAAGUUCUGGGACUCUUUGAACAAAUGCUGGUGGAUAUGAACCUGAAUGAGGAGAAACAGCAACCUUUGAGGGAGAAGGAUAUUAUCAUCAAGAGGGAAAUGGUAUCUCAAUAUUUGCACACUUCCAAGGCGGGCAUGAGUCAGAAGGAGAGUUCCAGGUCUGCCAUGAUGUAUAUUCAGGAACUGAGAUCAGGUUUGCGGGAUACAUCUCUGCUCAGCUGCCUAGAGUCUCUUCGUGUGUCUCUCAACAACAAUCCUGUCAGUUGGGUGCAAACCUUUGGUGCUGAAGGCCUAGCCUCUUUAUUGGACAUCCUUAAACGACUUCAUGACGAGAAAGAGGAAACUUCUGGAAACUAUGAUAGCCGUAACCAGCAUGAGGUUAUUCGUUGCUUAAAAGCGUUUAUGAACAACAAGUUUGGAAUCAAGACUAUGCUGGAGACAGAAGAAGGAAUCCAGCUGCUGGUCAGAGCCAUGGAUCCCACUGUUCCCAACAUGAUGAUUGAUGCAGUGAAGCUGCUUUCUGCUCUCUGUAUCCUGCCACAGCCUGAGGACAUGAAUGAACGGGUUUUGGAGGCAAUGACAGAAAGAGCUGAGAUGGAUGAAGUAGAACGUUUCCAGCCACUGCUGGAUGGAUUAAAAAGUGGCACCUCCAUUGCACUUAAGAUUGGAUGCCUGCAAUUGAUCAAUGCUCUCAUCAUAGAAGCUGAAGAAAUGGACUUCCGCAUUCACAUUCGAAGUGAACUAAUGCGCUUGGGACUGCAUCAAGUGUUGCAGGGCCUUCGAGAAAUUGAUAAUGAUGACAUGAGAGUGCAACUGAAUGUGUUUGAUGAGCAAGUGGAAGAAGAUUCCUAUGACUUGAAAGGACGAUUGGAUGACAUUAAAAUGGAAAUGGAUGACUUCAGUGAAAUCUUCCAGAUUCUCUUAAACACAGUAAAGGAUUCAAAGGCAGAAUCACACUUCCUGUCUAUCCUGCAGCAUCUCCUCUUGGUCCGAAAUGAUUAUGAGGCCAGACCACAGUACUAUAAAUUGAUUGAAGAAUGUAUUUCCCAGAUAGUUUUGCGCAAGAAUGGGACUGAUCCUGACUUCAAAUGCCGUCACCUCCAGGUUGAUAUUGAGGGAUUGAUUGGUCAAAUGAUUGAUAAAACAAAGGUGGAGAAAUCUGAAGCCAAAGCUACAGAGCUGGAAAAAAAGCUGGACUCAGAGUUAACAGCCCGACAUGAGCUACAGGUAGAAAUGAAAAAGAUGGAAAGUGACUUUGAGGAGAAGCUCCAAAACCUCCAGAGAGAAAAUAGUGUAUUGGAUUCUGAAAAGCAACAGAUUGCCACAAAGAUGCAGGAACUAGAAGCUGAAGAUUCUCGGCUCAUUGAAGAGGUUGCCAAACUGACUAAGGAACUGGACAGUGCCAAGAAAGAAGUGGCUUCACUCUCUGCUGCUGCUGCUGCUACUCCCCCGCCCCCUCCCUUACCUGCUGCCUCUGACUCUGUCCUCCCACCCACACCUCCUCCUCUGCCCCCUCAAGAAUCUGGGGGCUCCAUACCCCAGUUAUCUCAAAGUAUUCCUCCACCUCCCCCUUUGCCUGGGGGGCUUAGCAGCAUCCCACCACCACCCCCUUUGCCUGGGGGUUUAAGUAGCAUCCCACCACCACCCCCUUUGCCUGGGGGUUUAAGUAGCAUCCCACCACCACCCCCUUUGCCUGGGGGUUUAAGUAGCAUCCCACCACCACCCCCUUUGCCUGGGGGGCUUAGCAGCAUCCCACCACCACCCCCUUUGCCUGGGGGUUCUAAUGGCAUCCCCCCACCUCCUCCCUUGCCUGGAGGACCAGGAAUGCCACCACCUCCUCCCCCUCUUCCCAGUGGUCCUGGAAUCCCUCCUCCCCCUCCAUUCCCUGGGGGCCCUGGCAUUCCUCCACCACCACCUGGAAUGGGUGUCCCUCCCCCUCCCGGUUUUGGAUUUGGAGUUCCUGCAGCCCCAGUUCUACCAUUCGGUUUAGCUCCAAAGAAGCUUUAUAAGCCAGAUGUGCAGCUACGGAGACCAAACUGGUCCAAGUUUGUCGCAGAGGAUCUUUCCAAGGACUGCUUCUGGACAAAAGUAAAAGAGGAUCGAUUUGAAAAUAACGAGCUUUUUGCCAAACUCACCCUUACCUUUUCUGCCCAGUCCAAGAUUUCAAAAGCCAAGAAGGAUCAGGAAGGUGGAGAAGAAAAGAAAUCUGUGCAAAAGAAAAAAGUAAAAGAAUUAAAGGUGUUAGAUUCAAAGACAUCCCAGAAUCUCUCAAUCUUCUUGGGUUCCUUCCGCAUGCCCUAUCUGGAGAUUAAGAAUGUCAUCCUGGAAGUGAAUGAGGCUGUUCUAACUGAGUCAAUGAUCCAGAACCUCAUUAAGCAGAUGCCAGAGCCAGAACAAUUAAGGAUGCUAUCAGAACUAAAGGACGAGUAUGAUGACCUGGCGGAAUCGGAGCAGUUUGGUGUGGUGAUGGGCACAGUUCCUUGCCUGCGGCCUCGCCUCAACGCCAUCCUGUUCAAGCUACAAUUCAGUGAACAGGUGGAGAAUAUCAAGCCCGAGAUUGUGUCCGUGACUGCCGCUUGUGAAGAGUUGCGAAAAAGCAAGAACUUUUCUAGCCUCUUAGAAAUCACCUUACUUGUUGGCAACUACAUGAAUGCUGGCUCUAGGAAUGCUGGUGCUUUUGGCUUCAAUAUUAGCUUCCUCUGUAAGCUUCGAGACACCAAAUCUACAGAUCAGAAGAUGACAUUGUUGCACUUCUUAGCUGAGUUGUGUGAGACUGACUAUCCUGAUGUCCUCAAGUUCCCAGAGGAGCUGGCCCAUGUGGAGAAAGCCAGCCGAGUUUCUGCUGAAAACCUACAAAAGAAUCUAGAUCAGAUGAAGAAACAUAUUUCUGAUGUGGAGGGUGUUAUUAAGACGUUCCCUCCUACCACAGAUGAGAAAGACAAAUUUGUUGAAAAAAUGACUAGCUUUGUGAAGGAUGCCCAGGAGCAGUAUAACAAGUUGCAUUUGAUGCACUCUAAUAUGGAGACACUCUAUAAGGAGCUUGGUGAGUACUUCCUCUUUGACCCCAAGAAGUUGUCGGUGGAAGAAUUCUUCAUGGAUCUGCACAACUUCAAGAACAUGUUUGUGCAAGCAGUCAAGGAAAACCAGAAGAGGCGGGAGACAGAGGAGAAGAUGCGUCGAGCAAAACUUGCCAAGGAGAAGGCAGAAAAGGAACGGUUAGAAAAGCAGCAAAAGAGAGAGCAGCUCAUAGAUAUGAAUGCAGAGGGUGACGAAACAGGAGUGAUGGACAGUCUUCUGGAAGCCCUGCAGUCGGGGGCAGCGUUCCGGCGGAAGAGAGGGCCUCGUCAGGCCAACAGGAAGGCUGCGUGUGCAGUCACAUCGCUGCUAGCCUCAGAGCUGACCAAGGAUGACACCAUGACUGCUGUUCCUUCCAAGAUAGCCAGGAGUGGGGAUGGAAUCCCUACGAUCCUGGAGGAAAGCAAGGAGUUGGUGGGCCGAGCCAGCUAGCUGGGUCCUGUGCCCAGGCAGCUACUCUGGAGCCCCAGACUGUCCUGCCCUGCAGCAUGUGCCUAAAGGGUCACAGAGACAUUGCCCUGGGGGGCUGCAUCCAUCAUUCUGACCCCAUCUUUCCUUGGGCCUGCUGCUCUCUAUCCAUCACACACAGCUUCAGCUGCCUGGAGGCCAGGAGAAGAGGGCAGUGCAGGGAGGCCUGAAUCCAGCCCCACCAGCCCUGGCUGUUAUUUUACCAAAGCGGCCUCCAUGUUUGCUGCCUUAACCCCAACAAUCUCCUCUGUUACUCCCACGCCUCAUCUCUGAUGACCUGCUCUCAAUCCCUGGCUUUCCAGCGGGCUCAUCCCAUGUCAGUCUUGCUAGGUUUCUGCUUUUCUUCUGUGGUUUCUCCGGCCCUGGUAACGGCAUGGGACUAGUGAACCUUCGGGCUCUGUCUCUCCUUCCAUUGCUGUCACCUCUGCUCUGCUCUUGUUAUUUAUUACUAGUGGUGUGGCAUUGGGGAGCUGCUUUUAAGGACAGAGAGAGCAGAUCCCACCCUCCCCUCACCUUCUGGG